AGUGAGCACUUAAAAAACAAAAAAGGCUCUUAAAAAAUAUAGGACCGAGUACACGGUUUAUUAGAUACUGGUCCUUGUAUAAUGGCAGCAUGUUGACAAAGACUUUGGAACUGGAGUAUUAAAGAUAAGUCCUGGACAUGAUCACAGUGAUUACUUACUUGCUCGCAAACUUGGUCUUCCUGUACUGAAUGUGAUGAAUAAAGAUGGGACCUUAAAUGAAGUUGCUGGCUUGUAUUGUGGCCUUGACCGCUUUGAGGCACGGGAAAAGCUCUGGUCAGAUCUAGAAGACUCAGGUUUAGCAGUAAAAAAAGAGGUAUACAGUCAUCGAGUUCCUAGAUCCCAGCGCGGCGGUGAAAUCGUAGAACCUCUAGUAAGCAAGCAAUGGUUUGUUUCAAUGGAAUCUUUGGCCAAGAAGGCUCUUCAGGCAGUCGAGAAAGGAGAUUUGACCAUUAUGCCAGGAAGAUUUGAAAAAAUAUAUAAUCACUGGCUCUCAAAUAUCAAGGAUUGGUGCAUUAGCCGUCAACUAUGGUGGGGACACCGUAUACCUGUAUGGUAUAUUGUUGGUAAAGACCCUGAACUGCCUGAAGAAAAGUACAUAGUUGCUAGAACUGCAGAGGAAGCCCUUGUCAAAGCUCAAGACAAGUAUGGAAAAGACAUGGAAAUAUAUCAGGAUCCUGAUGUCCUUGACACUUGGUUUUCAAGCUCACUUUGGCCCUUCAGCACUCUGGGUUGGCCUGAUGAAUCAGCAGAGGAUUUCAAGCGCUUUCAUCCUACAUCUAUCAUAGAAACUGGGCAUGAUAUAUUGUUCUUUUGGGUGGCACGUAUGGUGAUGAUGGGAAUAGAACUUACAGGCACUGUUCCAUUUACAAAUGUUUAUCUUCAUGGACUUGUUCGUGACAGUCAAGGGAGAAAAAUGUCCAAAACGUUGGGUAAUGUAAUUGAUCCUAUUGACACUAUCAGGGAGUAUGGGACAGAUGCUUUACGGUUCACACUCUCUUUAGGAACUGCUGGUCAGGAUCUUAAUUUAUCUACAGAGAGGUUGACUUCUAACAAGGCAUUCACCAACAAAUUGUGGAAUGCUGGCAAGUUUAUACUGCAGAAUUUGCCUUGUCAAGAUGAUGAAGCUGCCUGGAAGGCUUUGCUGGCAUGCAAGUCACAGCUCAAUGAUAUGGAUUCAAUGCUGAAGCUUCCGCUACCAGAAUGCUGGGUGGUUUCAAAACUUCACGUGCUUAUUGAUGCAGUCUCUUCAAGUUACGAGAAGUUCUUCUUUGGAGACAUAGCCAGGGAAGUUUAUGAUUUCUUCUGGGCUGUUUUUGCUGAUUGGUAUGUUCUGUCAUUAGAUGAUAAAUACUCUUUGGGUUUUAGCAUUUGUAUCUUUACUACUUUACUGUGGUAAGGUUUAAAAUAAUUACUCAAUAAGUGUGUGGACAAAAUCUCAAAAAUAUCUAGAAGCUAAGUUUUUACUCCCUAUCUCUUUGUGACAUUCAAAAAUUGUUUUAAUAACUUUUCUCUCAUCAUAAUGGCAUUGUAGGGAAUUUUAAUUUUGGUGUUUUACAAUAACAAACAAUGUUUUGG